ACGUGCUUAUCACUCAAGCACCAACCCUAUAUUAAUCCGUUGGCACAAUGUCAACGUCAGUAAUGGGUGGAGUUGGCGAAAGGAAACAACAGCUAAAGAAGCCAACGCAGGGUAGCUCAAGGAAAGGGUGCAUGAGAGGUAAGGGGGGUCCUGAGAAUGGUCUUUGCACCUACAAAGGUGUCCGCCAGAGAACUUGGGGUAAAUGGGUGGCUGAGAUCCGUGAACCCAAUCGUGGUGCACGUCUCUGGCUCGGGACUUUUGACACCUCUCAUGAAGCUGCAAUGGCUUAUGAUGCUGCUGCUCGUAAGCUCUAUGGAUCAGAUGCCAAGUUGAAUUUGCCAGAUCAACCCUCUUCAGCCUGCACCCAGGUUGCACCCACAAGGAUCCAAUCUCCGAACCUGAAUAACCCAGGUACAACAUGUUCAUCAAAUACCCUGAUUACGAGGGCUGGUGAUGUUACCCCAAUCUAUAAUAACUCAAACAUCUCCUUCCCAAACAACAUCAAUUGUCCUUGGAAUCUGACUAUGGGCAAUAUACAAAUCAGCCAGACUGAAGAGGGAAUUGAAGGGCCGUGGGAGAACAUGAAUUGGGAGAGUAUGAAUGCGAACAUGCCAGUGCUAGACGAGUCUAUAUGGGCAGAGACAGCCAUGUCUCUCGAUCUUCCAUUGAUGGAAGAAGAACCAGGCUUUUCCACAAGCAGCCGCAUGGACACAAAUGGGUGGGAGUCUCCCUGGCGCGUGUAGAGGACGAGAAGCAGGAGGAAGAAACGAGUGACAUAAGCAUGUGUGCAUUAGGAUGCGCAAAUGGGGUUACCAGUGCUAAAAUUAAGGAUAUUAAAUCAAGUUCAGGUGAGUAAAGACGGCCACGAAAACCACACGGUUCUAUUGUGGGGUUUGUCGUGGAACUUUAAUGUACGCGUGUAAAAAGAAAAUGAAGUUUUGCAUUGCCGUGCUUAUAUGUCAAUGGUAUCCUAAGAUGUUUCUAUCGCCAUGUGUAACAGACACAUACAUGGUUCCAUAUAUGGCUUUGUUAUGAUGUGAGAAAUAAGAAGUCCCUGUUUAUAAAUUCUGAUUUUGGAG